CAUUCAGACAGACGGAAACACCAACCGACCGUCAGCAACAUUCAUUCGUUCGUAUCUAUGGGUUCACAACAAACAAAACAACCAGCAACAGUGUGAGAAAAUAUAAAAACACAAAAAAAAAAUAAAAAACAUUUUAAACACAAAUAGGAGAAUUUUGAAAGCAUAAUAUAAAAACUAAAUACCCAACAAGAUUAGGUCUCAUUUCAAAUACAAAACUCGAGCUUAAAACAUCGCGCUGAACUCGAUCGCAAAAACGCAAACCAAAUAAGAAUACGUCUUAAUAAAAAAUAAACUUUUCAUAAACUAAAGUGUGUAAAAAUUCAAAAUAAACUAAAUAAUUAAUAAAAAAAAAACUAAAAUAUUAAAAAAAAAAAAUUAUGGUCAUGGAAAUGUCCAAAACAUAUCAGUAUCGCAAGGUUAUGAAACCUUUGCUGGAACGUAAGCGUCGCGCCCGCAUCAACAAGUGUCUGGACGAUCUCAAGGAUUUAAUGGUGGAAUGUUUAACACAAGAGGGUGAGCAUGUCACUCGCUUGGAAAAAGCCGAUAUCUUGGAAUUAACUGUGGAACACAUGCGCAAAUUGAAACAGCGCGGCAAUUUGGCUUUACGUACCACCACACUUAAUGCCCAUGUCGAAUCCUUUCGCUCAGGUUAUGUGCAUGCAGCCGAUCAAAUAUCACAAGUCUUACUGCAGCAAUACAUCGAUGAUGAUGUCAAGGGCAAACUAAUGAAAUUCUUAUCCUCGCGCCUUAUGGAUAUGCAACACAAUGUUUUGAUACAUUCCACUACCAACACAUCCUCCUCAUCGCCAGCCAUGCAAAAGACCUUCUUUGAUAAUGUCAUCUUUAGAGAACAAACCAAAUCAUCACCAACAACAUCACCUCAGCUCUCGGCUAAAACAACCCAAAUCAUGGAUAGCAGUAAUAUCACAGAUGAUUUAAAGGAAAACGAUAUGAUUGAUAUAAUCACCGUGGAUAAUUCCAAUUCUAUGGAUACAAAUUCACAAUUAUCCAAUGAUUCCAGCAGUUCAGAACCGGUAUGGAGACCUUGGCAAAAGGAAUCAACGGAACUAUGCAAAAUCUGAAAUUAACACUUACUACUUCCUCUUGUAAUUAAGCACCUCUUCACUAAACUUUCUCUCCUUCCAAAUAAUUAAUAAUACUUAAAGUUACCACAUUAAUCGAGAGCAUGAGCUCAUCGAAAAAUGUUAUAACAACAACAGAAUCUUUAGUCUUCCAUCAUUCAUUUACUAAUUGACACUUGUGGCACCAGUGAAAUUCUAUCAAUUGUGUAAAUAACUAAAUAUAAUUAAUAUAAAAGCUGUGAUAUAUUUAAUUAAUAAUAAUAAUAAUACUAAAUAACUACUAAUUUAUACAACUUGAAGAUAUUGAUUUUAUUUGGUUAAUAAAAAAACCAAAUCUAACUUGAUUAUCUGACUUAUGUAAUAAAUUUAAAACUAGAAUUACAAAG